AUGAAGCGGCGCCAGGCAUCCCACCUGGGCGAGCCUGUGACUCCAGAUCUACUGAUGACCCCUAGUGAUCAGGGUGAUGGAGACCUGGACAUAGACUUUACCGCAGACCGUGGAAACUGGACAGGGAAGCUGGACUUCCUUCUCUCCUGCAUUGGCUACUGUGUGGGCCUAGGCAACGUCUGGCGCUUCCCCUAUCGUGCUUACACCAACGGAGGAGGUGCCUUUCUUGUGCCCUAUUUCAUCAUGCUAACCAUCUGUGGCAUCCCUCUCUUCUUCCUGGAGCUCUCCCUGGGCCAGUUCUCUAGCUUGGGCCCACUUGCUGUGUGGAAGAUCAGCCCUCUUUUCAAAGGUGUUGGCGUGGCCAUGCUCAUCAUCGUCUCCCUGGUGGCCAUCUAUUACAACAUGAUCAUCGCCUACGUCUUGUUCUACCUCUUCGCCUCCCUAACCAGCCACCUGCCCUGGCAGCACUGUGGUAACUGGUGGAACACGGACCUCUGCCUGGACCACCGUGCAAUGAGAGAAGCCAAUGGCACACUGCCCCUCAACAUCUCCAACACUGUCAGCCCCAGCGAGGAGUACUGGAGCCGAUAUGUCCUCCACAUCCAAGGGAGUACAGGCAUCGGAGAUCCGGGUGAGAUUCAAUGGAAGCUCUGUCUCUGCCUCUUACUGUCUUGGGUCAUCGUCUUCCUCUGCAUCCUCAAGGGAGUAAAAUCCUCUGGCAAGGUGGUGUAUUUCACAGCCACCUUCCCGUACCUCAUCCUCCUCAUGCUGCUGGUUCGGGGGCUGACACUUCAGGGUGCCUGGAGAGGGAUCCAGUUCUAUCUCACACCCCAAUUUGAUCACCUUCUAACUUCCAAGGUAUGGAUUGAGGCAGCCUUGCAGAUCUUCUAUUCUCUGGGGGUGGGCUUUGGGGGCCUCCUUACCUUUGCCUCUUACAACACCUUUCACCAAAAUAUCUACAGAGACACAUUCAUUGUUACCUUGGGCAAUGCAAUCACCAGCAUUCUGGCUGGCUUUGCCAUCUUCUCCGUGCUGGGCUACAUGUCUCAGGAGCUGGGAGUCCCUGUGGACCAGGUGGCCAAAGCAGGGCCUGGCCUGGCAUUUGUGGUCUACCCCCAGGCCAUGACGAUGCUCCCCCUGUCACCAUUCUGGUCUUUUCUCUUCUUUUUCAUGCUGCUGACCCUAGGCCUGGAUAGUCAGUUUGCCUUCCUAGAAACCAUCGUGACAGCUUUGACGGAUGAAUUCCCUUACUACCUUCGACCCAAGAAGGCCAUCUUCUCUGGCACCACCUGUGUGGCCAUGUUUCUGAUGGGCCUCAUCCUCACCACAGAUGGAGGCAUGUACUGGCUGGUCCUGCUGGAUGACUACAGUGCUGGCUUUGGGCUCAUGGUGGUGGUGAUCACAACCUGCCUCACGGUUACCCGUGUAUAUGGUAUCCAAAGGUUUUGUCGGGACAUUCACAUGAUGCUGGGCUUCAAACCUGGUCUGUAUUUUAAGGCCUGUUGGAUGUUCCUGUCUCCAGCCACCCUGAUGGCGCUGCUGGUGUACAGCAUUGUGAAAUAUCAACCCUCGGAAUAUGGCACUUACCGGUUCCCAUACUGGGCCGAGCUCCUGGGCAUCCUGAUGGGCCUCCUGUCUUGCAUAGUGAUUCCUGCUUGCAUGCUAGCGGCUGUGCUCAAGGAAGAGGGGACACUGUGGGAGAGGAUCCAGCAAGCCAGCCGUCCAGCCAUGGACUGGGGUCCUUCUCUGGAGGAGAACAGGACAGGCAUGUAUGUGGCUACCCUGGCAGGCAGCCAGUCCCCCAAGCCUCUGAUGGUCCAUAUGAGGAAAUAUGGUGGCAUUACCAGCUUCGAGAACACAGCCAUCGAGGUGGACCGGGAGAUUGAAGAAGAAGAGUCCAUGAUGUGA